AGAAAACAAGUUUCGAGUUGCCUUCCAUUUUUUCCGCUGAAGUCGUCGUUUCUCUUUCAGUGCUCAGAAGCCCUAAGUUGCGAUCCAAGCUUCUUAAUUCAACUACCUGUCUUUGAUUUUGAUUAUCAACUCGGAGAUCGGUUCGAAAGAUAGAAGGGAGAUAAAGUUCAUGGCGGAGAGUCGGCGGUUCGGACUCGGUUCACAAUUGGAUAUUGAGCAAAUAUUGUUGGAAGCACAACAUCGAUGGCUACGUCCUGCAGAAAUAUGUGAAAUUCUACGAAACUACCAAAAAUUUUCCAUUGCUCCGGAACCUCCCCAGUUACCUCCAAGCGGUUCACUCUUUCUUUUCGAUCGGAAGGUGCUGAGAUACUUCCGGAAAGAUGGUCAUAUCUGGAGGAAAAAGAAAGAUGGGAAGACUGUGAAAGAAGCUCAUGAACGGCUCAAGGCUGGAAGUAUUGAUGUGUUGCAUUGCUACUAUGCCCAUGGGGAAGAAAAUGAAAAUUUUCAAAGGCGUAGUUAUUGGUUGCUUGAAGAGGAUCGUUCAAACAUUGUUCUUGUUCAUUAUCGGGAAGUGAAGGCAAGUAGAGCUAACUUUAACAGGGCGAGAGAGACAGAAGUAGCAAUUCCUGUUUCCAAGGGAAAUGAAGAAACUGUACUCCAAUCUGAAGCUGACAGUUCUGCAUCAUCUCAAUUAUAUCAAAAUCAUCAAGGAACUUCACAGACUACAGAUACUAGUUUAAAUAGUGCUCAGGCUUCGGAAUAUGAAGAUGUUGAGUCAGCUUAUGGAGUAGUCCAAGUUAAUUCUGGAUUUCAAUAUUUUCCUGAAAGGAAGCUACCAUCAAGGGAGAAUAUGAAUACAAGUGUUUCUACCCCUUAUUAUCCAAUGCCUUUCCCAGAUAAUUAUCAGGGAAAUCCAUCUGUUAUUCCGAGAAUGAAAUUUGUCCAAGAUGUUGGAGGAGAUAGCACUAAGAACAGUAGUCAUUCAACUUCACCAUUUCGGCCUCAAAGUCAUCCUGAUUUCCCAUCAUGGGAAGAAGUACCUGAUGAUAAUCAAUUUAAGCCAUCUACUUUCAGUGAGGAAUGCAAUAAUACUGUUUUCAAUCCUGCAGUAGGAAAUGAGCUACUUGGGCAAACUUUGACUGAUGGAUUUGUUAAAAAUCAAGGAGUUGGUAUAUACAUGCAUGAUCAACAAGGGUGGCAGGCUUCUGAAGUCACUUCCCUGGAGGAGAUCUCAAAAUGGCCAAUGGAUCUGAGAGAUAAUCCCUACUCCACAUAUAAUAUCAACAAGUAUGUGGACUCAUUUGGUUUUUCUGCUUCCCGUGAUGAGGAUCAUGUAGACUCUAACAAGUACACACACAAUGUUUCUCAAAUGCAACUGAGAUCUGGAGAAGGUGAACAUGGCUUGAAACCAGAACAGGAAAUUUAUCUCAUGGAUGGAAAAUCCAGUUAUUCUCCUCUAAGACAACCCCGGUUAGAUGGCCUACAAAAGGAAGGGCUUAAGAAGGUGAACAGCUUUGAGAGAUGGAUGAGCAGGGAGUUAGGAGAUGUUAAUGAAACCAUUAUGCAGUCUAACACUGGAGUCUUAUGGGAAGCUGUUGCAACUGAAGAUGUAGUUGAUGAUUCUAGUAUUGCUUCCCAAGUUCAUUUAGAUAAUUUUGUGUUGAGCCCUUCGAUCUCCCAAGACCAACUCUUCAGCAUUGGAGAUUUCUCACCCAACUGGGCUUAUGAAAGCUCAGAAACCAAGGUCCUGAUAACGGGAAGAUUCUUGAAGAGUCAGCAAGACCUGGAGAAAUGCAAAUGGUCAUGUAUGUUUGGGGAAGUAGAGGUUCCAGCUAUGGUUAUUGCAGAUGGUGUCCUUUGUUGCUAUACUCCUGUCCAUAAGGCUGGAAGGAUUCCUUUCUAUGUAACAUGUUCUAACAGGUUAGCUUGUAGCGAAGUACGCGAAUUCGAAUAUAAAGAUAAUAACAUCGGAGAUGUGGAGAUUCCAGAUGUCAACAGCAAAGAAGUUCUGCAUAUGCGUUUUGAAAAAUUAUUAUCAAUUGAUUCAACUAGUAGCAAAACACCUGAUCCCAGUUCUGCAGUUGAAAAUUCAUCAUUUAUAAUCAGUUCGUUAAUGAAAGAGAGCAACGAGUGGGAGCAAUUCUUAAACAACUCAGUAGUGAUAUCCCCAGAAAAUAUGAAAGAGCGGCAGCUGCAGCAGCUAUGGAAGGAAAAACUACAUGCAUGGCUCCUUCAAAAAAUUGUUGAAGGUGGGAAAGGUCCUAGUGUAUGGGAUGAAGAUGGUCAAGGUGUCCUACACUUGGCAGCAGCACUUGGCUAUGAUUGGGCUAUAAAACCCACAAUAGCUGCAGGUGUGAGUGUUAACUUUCGUGAUGUAAAUGGCUGGACUGCACUUCAUUGGGCAGCAUCUUGUGGAAGAGAACGAACAGUGGGGUUGCUCAUCUCUCUAGUUGCAGCUCCUGGAUUAUUAACAGAUCCAACUCCCAGACACGCUGGUAGAACACCAGCAGACUUAGCCUCACGCAAUGGACACAAAGGCAUUGCUGGUUAUCUUGCAGAAUCCUCAUUGAGUUCCCACCUGUCAACUCUAGAGUUGGAUUCUAAUAGUGCUGAAGCUGGAGAAACAUCUGGUGUAAAUGCUGUACAGAAAGUUUCAGAAAGGAUACCAACUCCAAUCACGGAUGGGGAUUUCCCUCAGGGACCCUCAUUCAAGGACUCCUUAGCUGCUGUCAGAAAUGCCACUCAAGCCGCUGCUCGCAUUCAUCAAGUCUUUCGGGUGCAGUCGUUCGAGAGAAGGCGGAAGAAAGAGUUUGAAAAUGAAGAUUUGGGAAUUUCCGAAGGUGCACUUUCUCUUAUUUCUGUCAGGAAAAGCAGACUGGGACAGAAUGAAGAACCCCAUGUUGCAGCUAUAAGAAUACAGAACAAGUUCCGUAGUUGGAAGGGCAGAAAAGAAUACUUAACAAUCAGACAACAAAUUGUUAAAAUUCAGGCCCAUGUGAGAGGAUACCAGGUGAGGAAGAACUACAAGAAGAUAACCUGGUCAGUCGGGAUAUUAGAGAAGGUAAUUUUACGAUGGAGAAGAAAAGGGAGUGGUUUGCGUGGUUUCAAACGAGAAGCAAUCAUCGAGGCCAAUAACAAUGCUUGUAUUCCGUCAAGUGAGGAUGAUGAUGACUUUCUAAAAGAAGGCAGAAAGCAAACUGAAGAACGGUUGCAAAAGGCACUUUGUAGAGUGAAGUCAAUGAUUCAGUAUCCUGAAGCAAGAGAUCAGUAUAGCAGGCUACUGAAUGUUGUCUCUGAGAUGCAGGAAACUAAGGCUGUGUAUGAUAAUGUUCUAAAUAGCACAGAAGAGUCGGCUGAUUUUGACAAUGAUAUGAUCGAUCUGGAUGCAUUGCUUUAUGACGAUGACAUGCCCACAGUAUCUUGAAUGAAUCUCGCCGAAUUUAUAUACAUACAGUUGUAGUAAUACAUAUUUGCAGACAAUAAUAGAUAUUUUACAUGAAUAAUCCAUUUGUAAAUGUCACCCUAAUUUAGAAGAUCUAUUUGUCUGGCCCCAAUAGAGAGAGUAUUUCCUU